GCCUUCCCGACGGCUGCUCCUAUCGAAUAUCUCCCGCAGACUCAGGCACCCUUGGAUCCCAAUGUGCCGCUCGAUGCGCCCUUUGUUCCGAUGCCGAGUAGUCUGGACACGCUUCAGUGGCAAUGGCCCGACUUUCAGAAUGAUCUUCUGGUUCUUGCCGGUGAUGGACUGUCCGAUGUGAGCUUGGCGGCGCAGACACAGCUGCCCGACAGUUCGCCAACGGAAUCCUAUCUUGAGGCUCGCUCGUUCACGAGCUCGGGCAGUGAUAAUGGAUGGACAACCGUGGACUACCGUCCGUCAUUUGAUUACACCGAGUUUCCGCACAGUGCCAUUUUCAACCCGGGCGAAGCCUUACAUAUUCGUUCCCAGUCAAACUCGUCUCAGUCGGACCUCGAUCAGUCUCAUUAUUCGUAUAGCAGCAGUUUUGAAGGGGUCGAUUAUCCUCUCAACUCGCCUGAUUCCGAGGCGCAGCUCGAAGUGGGCUCCUGUUCGGAUCACAGCCAUUCCUACCAGGAACACAGCCCGGUCGUCCAGCAGUUGAGCGGCAGCGUGAGCCCUCCUACGUCGGUUAUCGCUCCUGUCCCUGUGAAGCAAUCGCCCUCUACCCGAACCUCCCCAAAACCCGCCGCCACUGCUCCCGCCUCUGGUUCCGGCGUCAAUGCUGGCUCACCUUCUACAAAGAAAAAUUCCCGCAAAAGUCCCAUUGCCAAAACCACAAAACCCGGCAUUCGACGACCUUCGCAACCGAGCAAAAAGGACACGGAGAAGCGCGUCGGGAGACGACGAGGUCCCCUGCGGCCCGAUCAGAGGAAGCAGGCAUGUGAAAUUCGAAAGUUGCGAGCAUGCUUGCGUUGCAAAUUCCUCAAAAAGACGUGCGAUCCCGGCGAACCUUGCAAUGGUUGUCAACCAUCCCAUGCCCGUCUCUGGCAGGUGCCUUGCACGCGGAUUGACAUCAAAGAUAUCGGGUAUUUCAUGAAAGAUUGGAGGGUAGAUUUUGAGCGACACGUGACUCUGGGCUUUUCGGUCGGUAACAUCAAGGGUUUCGCUCAGGAGGAAAGAUUGCUCUAUAUAACGCACGGGUAUGGAUUCGUGCUGCCUGUGCAGGCGCGCGAGGUCUACGUGCGAGACGAAGACUGCUUCAACAUUGAUUGGACUGAAAGCAUUCAUGAGACCCCACGCGAGUUCAGCAUCCCCACGGCCAGACUUUCUGCCGGCAAAGAAGGAAUUUCUACUACGGUUCUUUCCGAAUACCUUGAUCAGCACAUUGAUGGCGGCUUCGAGAAGUUUAUCGACCAGUACUUCGAGGGUACGCCAUUCUUGACGGAGAUUCUGCGCACCGCGUACCGUUACUACCGUCGCGAGAAGCUUCCUGUCAUUCGCAAGGCGCUCAAGCUUGUGUUGGCCUACAAUCUGACAAUGCAUGUUACCAUGGUCCAGGGUGUGCCAGAGGAAGAGGGCCUUGCCGGCAAGGUCGACGACGACGGUUCCAAAUUCCAAGGAAAGCAUGUCGCGCCUGUCAUGAUUAACUUUCAGGUCAAGUGCGCCCUCGCAGAAAUGUGGCGUGAGCUCCAAAAGGACAUUUUGGAGGAGUUGUCAGCCCUGUACUCGAGUGUUUACACGGGCGAGAAACUCAAGAAUUGGCCCACCAUUUUCAUGCUGGCGGCCAUUCUCUUGGCGGUUUGGGAAGAAAUGCAAUUUGACUGCCACUACCGCGUUCCGGACCCCUCUGCGGUGCAGAAGUUCUGCAACGAUAUGGAGACGACGCCGGUGGGCGUCAUUGUCGGCCUCUUCUCAGCCAUCUCUCAGAAGCUGCCAGCCUUUAUGGAGUGGGACACUCAGAAGCAUCAUCACCUCUUGAAUUCCAACGAAGCCGUCUGCGAUGCAAUGACAGAGAUGCGGGAACACGUGACGAAAUACGAGGAUUAUCUCAAAACUCGUCCGUCUUGUAAAUUCGAUCGCCAGGACUUUGACAGUCUUUCCAACAAAUUCCUUGCGAAAUUGGUCCUUCGUGCU